GCGUUGCGCGGUCAGCCUCGCGUCGCGCGCGCCGGGCCCGCCGGAAGCCCCUGGGGGCGGGGCACGGCAGGGCGCGCGCUGGGUCGAUGGCGGAGCAGGGUGGCAGGCUGGCGGCCUAGGGGGAGCGAGCGAAUCCGUCGCCAUCCCGCGCGCCGACUCAAUAAGUGAGACGCAUGAGUGAAGUGGAUCUGUCGCCACCAUGUUCCUUUACAAUUUAACGUUGCAGCGAGCCACUGGCAUCAGCUAUGCCAUCCAUGGCAAUUUCUCAGGAACCAAACAACAGGAAAUUGUUGUUUCCCGGGGGAAGAUCCUGGAGUUGCUCCGCCCUGAUCCCAACACGGGGAAAGUACACACCUUGCUGACAGUGGAAGUGUUUGGAGUCAUUCGCUCCCUCAUGGCCUUCAGACUGACAGGUGGAACUAAAGACUAUAUCGUGGUGGGUAGUGAUUCGGGUCGCAUUGUUAUCCUGGAGUACCAGCCUUCCAAGAACAUGUUUGAGAAGAUUCACCAGGAAACCUUUGGCAAGAGUGGCUGUCGCAGAAUCGUUCCUGGCCAGUUCUUGGCUGUGGACCCAAAGGGCCGUGCUGUCAUGAUCAGUGCCAUUGAGAAACAGAAGCUGGUAUACAUCCUGAACAGAGAUGCAGCUGCCCGGCUCACCAUUUCUUCCCCACUGGAAGCCCACAAGGCCAACACCUUAGUCUACCAUGUGGUGGGAGUAGAUGUGGGGUUUGAAAACCCAAUGUUUGCUUGUCUGGAAAUGGACUAUGAGGAAGCUGACAACGAUCCAACAGGAGAAGCAGCAGCUAACACCCAACAGACCCUGACAUUUUAUGAGUUAGACCUGGGUUUGAACCACGUAGUUAGGAAAUACAGUGAACCUUUGGAGGAGCAUGGCAACUUCCUUAUAACAGUUCCUGGUGGCUCUGAUGGUCCCAGCGGGGUGCUGAUCUGUUCUGAAAACUAUAUCACCUACAAAAACUUUGGUGACCAGCCUGAUAUCAGAUGUCCCAUUCCCAGGAGAAGGAAUGACUUGGAUGACCCAGAGAGGGGUAUGAUUUUUGUCUGCUCUGCUACACACAAGACCAAAUCCAUGUUCUUCUUCCUGGCCCAGACGGAGCAGGGAGAUAUCUUCAAAAUCACCCUAGAGACUGAUGAAGACAUGGUGACAGAGAUCCGACUGAAGUAUUUUGAUACUGUUCCUGGGGCUGCAGCCAUGUGUGUGCUGAAAACAGGGUUCCUCUUUGUGGCAUCUGAGUUUGGAAACCAUUACCUGUACCAGAUAGCCCAUCUGGGAGAUGACGACGAGGAGCCGGAGUUCUCCUCUGCCAUGCCCCUGGAGGAAGGAGACACUUUCUUUUUCCAGCCACGACCACUCAAGAACCUGGUAUUGGUGGAUGAGCUGGACAGUCUGUCUCCUAUCUUGUUUUGUCAGAUAGCGGAUCUGGCCAAUGAAGAUACACCCCAGUUAUAUGUGGCCUGUGGACGGGGGCCUCGGUCAUCUCUGAGGGUCCUAAGGCACGGACUUGAGGUGUCUGAAAUGGCCGUCUCAGAGCUGCCUGGUAACCCCAAUGCUGUUUGGACUGUGAGGAGACACAUUGAAGAUGAAUUUGAUGCCUAUAUUAUCGUGUCCUUCGUAAAUGCCACGCUGGUGCUGUCUAUCGGAGAGACUGUAGAGGAAGUGACUGACUCUGGAUUCCUGGGUACCACCCCCACUUUGUCCUGUUCCUUGUUGGGGGAUGAUGCUUUGGUACAGGUUUAUCCAGAUGGCAUCCGGCACAUCCGAGCAGACAAAAGGGUUAAUGAAUGGAAGACGCCAGGAAAGAAAACCAUCGUAAAGUGUGCUGUGAACCAGAGACAAGUGGUGAUAGCACUGACUGGAGGAGAAUUAGUCUACUUUGAGAUGGACCCAUCAGGACAACUGAAUGAAUACACGGAGAGGAAGGAGAUGUCAGCCGAUGUGGUGUGCAUGAGCUUGGCCAACGUUCCUCCUGGGGAGCAGCGUUCCCGCUUCCUUGCUGUCGGGUUGGUGGACAACACUGUCAGAAUUAUUUCCCUUGACCCUUCGGAUUGCUUACAACCCUUGAGUAUGCAGGCCCUCCCUGCACAGCCAGAAUCACUGUGUAUCGUGGAGAUGGGUGGGGCAGAAAAACAGGAUGAGCUGGGCGAGAGGGGCUCCAUUGGCUUCCUGUACUUGAACAUUGGAUUACAGAAUGGUGUGCUGCUGCGAACUGUCCUGGAUCCAGUCACUGGAGAUCUUUCUGAUACCAGAACCAGGUACCUUGGCUCACGCCCCGUGAAACUCUUCAGGGUCCGAAUGCAAGGCCAAGAGGCGGUGCUGGCCAUGUCCAGUCGCUCAUGGCUGAGUUAUUCUUAUCAGUCCCGCUUUCAUCUAACCCCCCUGUCCUAUGAGACUCUAGAGUUUGCAUCUGGCUUUGCGUCCGAGCAGUGUCCAGAGGGCAUUGUUGCUAUCUCCACAAACACAUUGAGGAUUUUGGCGUUGGAAAAGCUAGGGGCAGUCUUCAACCAGGUUGCCUUCCCGCUGCAGUACACCCCCAGGAGGUUCGUCAUUCACCCUGAGAGCAGCAACCUGAUCAUCAUCGAGACAGACCACAAUGCUUACACCGAGGCCACGAAGGCCCAGAGGAAGCAGCAGAUGGCUGAGGAAAUGGUGGAGGCUGCAGGUGAGGACGAGAGGGAACUGGCCGCAGAGAUGGCAGCCGCCUUUCUGAAUGAGAAUCUUCCCGAGUCCAUCUUUGGGGCCCCCAAGGCAGGCAAUGGCCAGUGGGCCUCUGUUGUCCGAGUGAUGAACCCCAUCCAGGGCAAUACUUUAGAUCUGGUCCAACUAGAGCAGAACGAAGCUGCCUUCAGUGUGGCAGUGUGUCGAUUCGCCAACGCCAGUGACGACUGGCAUGUGCUGGUGGGAGUGGCCAAGGACCUGAUUCUGAACCCCCGGUCGGUGGCUGGUGGGUUUAUCUACACAUACAAGCUGGUGAAUAAUGGCGAGAAGCUGGAGUUCCUGCACAAGACCCCUGUGGAGGAGGUACCUGCAGCCAUUGCCCCAUUCCAAGGCCGAGUCUUAAUUGGAGUUGGAAAACUCUUACGUGUAUAUGACCUGGGCAAGAAGAAGCUGCUUCGGAAGUGUGAGAACAAGCACAUUGCCAACUACAUCUCGGGCAUCCAAACCAUCGGGCACAGAGUGAUCGUGUCGGAUGUCCAGGAGAGUUUCAUUUGGGUGCGCUACAAGAGGAAUGAGAACCAGCUGAUCAUCUUUGCCGAUGACACCUACCCCCGGUGGGUCACCACCGCCACCCUUCUUGACUAUGACACUGUGGCUGGAGCAGACAAGUUUGGCAACAUCUGUGUGGUGAGGCUGCCUCCCAACACAAAUGAUGAGGUAGACGAGGAUCCGACAGGCAACAAGGCUUUGUGGGACAGAGGGCUUCUCAAUGGAGCGUCGCAGAAGGCUGAGGUGAUUAUGAAUUACCACGUGGGAGAGACGGUGCUGUCGUUACAGAAGACCACGCUGAUUCCGGGAGGGUCUGAGUCUCUCGUGUAUACCACCUUGUCGGGGGGCAUUGGUAUCCUGGUCCCCUUUACGUCCCACGAGGAUCAUGACUUCUUCCAGCACGUGGAGAUGCAUCUGAGGUCGGAGCAUCCCCCUCUCUGUGGACGCGACCACUUGAGCUUCCGCUCCUACUACUUCCCAGUGAAGAACGUGAUUGACGGGGACCUCUGUGAACAGUUCAACUCCAUGGAACCCAAUAAACAGAAGAACGUCUCGGAAGAGCUGGACAGGACCCCCCCCGAGGUGUCCAAGAAGCUGGAGGAUAUCCGCACGCGCUACGCCUUCUGAGCAGCAGAGCCUCUCCUGGGACAGCCAAGGGUGCUGCUCCCAGCCGGGCUGGAAGGAGAAUGUACACCCCCCCCCCCCUUUUACCUUCCGUUUGCUCGUCUUGCUCUGCCCCCUGGGGCUAGGUUUGUAAACUUAGACUCCAAAGUCACGAGCAUUUCCCAUAAACUCGGUACCAGCAGCUGGGCUUUCCAGCAUGGCACGGUGCUGCAGCCGGCUUGGACACCCUGUGAACCCAUCUCGUGAUGGUAACUGCCUGUGAGCAAAGCAGGGAAGCUCUCCAGGCCUUCCCUCCAUCCCCAGGGUCAGGGGCACGUGGCUGUCAGUUGUCCCUGCCUUGCUGCCCCCUCUCUUUGUCUAAGCCCAGAGCCGGGCCCCAUUUUCUGAGGCCCGUUGGGGCUAGACCCCGAAUGGCCUCAUGAAGCGAGCUGGGCAGGGCCGUGCUUGGCAGAGCCCUCUCCCCACUGAUGGCAGCUGGGCCAGGGGUGCUCACAUGGGGGUCUGGAGCUGCCCAGCCCUUUGCUGCGCUGUAACAGCUGGGGUGUGACUCUGAGAUGCUGCAGGGGUAAUUGAAAUAGCCCUGCCCCCCCCCUCCCCACGCACACACCCCGUGCCAGGGGUUGGGGUCCCCCGAGCCCCAUGGCCAGUGUGGAAGUCCCAGCACAUGAAGCUCUGCAAAGGGGACAGCGCCGCACAUGCCCUGAACCCCCAUUGGCAAGGCUGGGGCCAGCCUGGAUUCCCGCACUCUUCGUUUUUAACUGUUUCCCCUGUAAAUAUAGUUUUGUACAAUGUUGACUCUGGUGGGGCGUGGGCAGAGGUUGAGCUGGGACUAGAUUUGUUUUGUAUCAGCUUUUCCACGAGCGGUGCCCUGUCUCUGUGCUGGGAUUGGGAGCAGCACAGAAAAAUAAAAACCUGGUUUUUAAAUUGA